CCCUGCGCUGGCGCCUCAGCGUCCCACAGCGCCUUUGCCAGUGUCACGCCACGGGGUGAAAUCGGGCACGUCGGUGGCCCGAGAGCCGGCGCGGGGCCGCGAGUUCCGCGGGGCGGAGGGGGAAGCGGAGCCCGCGCGGCCCCGGCCCGCCCCCGCCCGCGGCCAAGUGCGCGGGGGCGGAGCGGCGGCGCCGGCCCCAGGAGCCGCAGAGAGAGCCGGCCCGGCGGCCCGCGGGGAUGCUGCGCUACAGCUCGGGGCUCACGGUGACCACCACCACCCCCCGGAGACCGCCCGGCGACGGCGGCCGCUCCCGGCGGAAGAUGAAUGUGUGUAGGCUACGUUUAACAGUGCCACCUGAUGAAGUGUCACAGCCUGAACAGGGACCAAAGGAAACUGAAAGAAAAAAAAGUGAGCUCUACCAUGUUCCAAAUGGGAUGUCUCCAGGGAAGCUCUCUCAUGGGAUGGUGUAUGGUGUUGUGCACCGAACUGACAACAACCAUAAGAGAGAAAUGGUGGUUUAUGGCUGGUCAGCUGAUCAGCUGAAAGAGGAGAUGAAUUACAUUAAAGAAGUGAGAGCAACUCUGGAAAAAGUAAGAAAGAAAAUGUAUGGUGAAUAUGAUGAAAUGAAACGAAAAAUACAGCAGCUUACAAAUGAACUGAAAGUGACAAAUGCUCAUCAGGAAUCCUUAGAGAAUCAUGUGCGAGUGCAGGCUGCAGCCUUAGAUAGCUUUAGUGAAAUGAACAGCUCCUUGACAUCAGCAUCAAUAGACUUGCAGAAAACUCUAGUGGAUGUUACAUUGGAGAACACAGACAUAAGGGAACAAAUAAGGAAUUUAAAACAUACACACGAGCAAUCUAUGGAAAAGCUGAGAGAGAAGCAAAAGCAACUGGAAACGGCACAAAUUGAAAAUCAGUUACUGAAGUUAAAGGUGGAGUCAUCACAGGAAGCCAAUGCUGAAGUCAUGAGAGAGAUGACCAGAAAGCUGUAUAGUCAGUAUGAGGAAAAAAUGCGAGAAGAGGAACAGAAACACAAGGCUGAGAAAGAAAUGCUCCUGGAGGAAACAAAUCGGCUUCUGAAGGCUAUUGAGGAGGCAAAUAAGAAGAUGCAGGUUACAGAAACAAGCAUACAGGAGAAAGACCAGAGAAUUGGUGAGCUGGACCGGCUGAUUGAACGCAUGGAAGAGGAACGUCACCAGCUGCAAAAACAACUUGAAUUAAAUGAACUACAAAUAUCUGGAGCAAAAUCUGAAAACAACUCUGACAGUGAAAGGUCACAGCACUUGGAGGAGGUAGCAGCCAGCUUGAGAGAGCGGAUCAAGCAUCUGGAUGACAUGGUCCACUGCCAGCAGAAGAAAGUCAAGCAUAUGGUUGAGGAGAUUGAAAUGCUAAGGAAGAAAGUAAAAGAAAAGGAAUUAUUUAUAAUACAGCUUUUAGACAAAAUCUCUUUCUUAGAAUGUGAGAAUAAAGAACUACAAGAUAAACUGGACUACUUAAUGGAAAACCAACAAAAGACCAAUAUAGAGACCAGAGAUACUGGUGUAGAAUGUGAUCUUCCAUACAGGAAGUUCAUUGCUAGGCUUCCAGAUAAGGGUAAGAAGAUCUCUGAUUUUGCUGAAAAGCUCAAGCUUGCCAUUUUGCAAGAGGAAGAAGUAGCCAGGACAGCUGAGCUGUUAUCUGCUGUCAGGUUGGAGUUUCAGGCAAAACAGGAGGAGAUUAAUACAAGCAAACAGGGAGUUGUCCUGACUGAGGACACAGUGGACAGUGCAGAUUCCUCAGUCGUUAAUGAAAACUCUAACAUUAAGGACAUUUCUGACACUUCUGCUGAAAGGCAGGAGGCAGAAUGUGUUGAAGAAGAUGCCACUAAUACAGCUUUAGAAAAUCAAAGGACUCAGAGGAAAAGUAAUAAAGUAAAGACUGUUAUUUGUGAAGAUGUCUCCAAGUCAGCCACAAGCAAUCACCUGAACAAUGAUCAGCAAGUGUCCCAGAGCAAUGCUGAGGAUGGGACAGAAAGUAGAGCUGCUCUGGACAAUAGUAAAGAAGCCUUGGUUGAUGCCUUUCAAAGAGUUACAAUUGCAGAUGGGGAAAACAGUGAAAAAAUACUGGAAAAAGAGCAGGAUGUGGCAAAACACAAGGGCAAUGCAUUUGGAAGGCAGCAUCCCAAGACUCCACAUUAUAUUGAGGUUCUAGAGGCCAGAGCCAAGAAUCCAGUCAUGAAAAAACCCAAAUUUAAAACAAAUGCACUGUCAGGAGAGCAGAGUGGAUCAUCUCAUGGUUCCUCAUCCAGUCGCUCUCCCGGCGGAUUUGGCUCUCCAGUUCCUCCAGAAGAGAGAAGACUCAGAGAUAAGAAACACUUGGAUGACAUCACAGCAGCUCGACUGCCACCACUUCACCACUCCCCUGCCAAGCUGUUAUCCAUAGAGGAAUCCAUAGCAAUUCAGAUACAGCAAAAAGAAGCUUAUGAGGAAAUGCAAGCCAAGCUUGCAGCACAGAAGCUUGCAGAGAGACUGAAUAUAAAAAUGCUCAGGUUUGAACCAGAGUGGGAGGCCUCAAUGCAGUACAGAGAAGUGAGAGAUGAAGAUUAUUUUUCAGCAGAAGACUGAAUGCAUGAAAGAGUGUCUGUGGAUGAGCUGUGUAACUGAUCUUUAUGCAGUACUUCUUAAAACCCAAACCUGAAUAUUUAAAAUGCUUCAUCUAGUCAGUUUUUUCUUAAAAUUUUCACAUGACAGCUCCAGGAAGGGUUCA